UCCUUCCUCUGGAAGAGCCGGAAAGGCAGCAGAUGGUGGCCAUGAAGAUCUUCUCUCUGCUGCUGGUGUCCUUGCUCCUGACAGUGGUUCUAGGAGAGAAAGAAGAGGGUCACUCCAGAUUUCACACUAGGGUCAGAGGCUCCCGACCCCGAGGCCCCAGGUACUCUGAGGGGACUUUCAUCAGUGACUACAGUAUUGCCAUGGACAAGAUCCGCCAACAAGACUUUGUGAACUGGCUGCUGGCACAGAAGGGGAAGAAGAACAACUGGAAACAUAACAUCACCCAGAGGGAGGCCCAGACCCUGGAGCUGGCCCAUCAAUCUAACAGAAAGGAGGCGGCAAGGGAACAGCAGGGGCCCCUAUCCAAGGACCCUGGCGAUGAAGAUCUGCUAAAGGAUUUACUGAUUCAAGAGCUGCUGGCCUGGCUGGUGGACCAGAUGGAACUCUGCAGGCUCAGGUUUCAGUGACUCAGACCAAACCCAGCUCAGGACUGGACUCUGCCCUCCAGUUACUCAUGCCUCAGCCCCACUCCAGAAUACCCAAGAGAAACCAAACCAAUAAAGUUUUAAGCUGAAAUAUUUAUGCCAAUUGUCAAAACUU